AUGGAGAAGCGGGCGCCGCCCGGGUGCCCGCGCCGCGGCUGCUGCGAGCGCCUGGUCCUCAACGUGUCCGGCCUGAGGUUCGAGACCCAGGCCAAGACCCUGCUCCGCUUCCCGGACACCCUCCUGGGGGACCCGGGCCGCCGGGGUCCCUACUACGACCCCCUGCGGGACGAGUACUUCUUCGACCGCCACAGGCCCAGCUUCGACGCCGUGCUCUACUACUACCAGUCGGGCGGGCGGCUGCGACGCCCGGCCCAGGUGCCCCUGGACGUCUUCCUGGAGGAGCUGCAGUUCUACCAGCUCGGGGACGAGGCCCUGGCCAAGUUCCGGGAGGACGAGGGCUUCGCGCCCGAGGUGGAGCGCACGCUGCCCCGCCACCCGUUCCUCCGCCAGGUCUGGCUGCUCUUCGAGUACCCGGAGAGCUCACAGGCCGCCCGGGUCAUCGCCGUGGUCUCCGUCCUCGUCAUCCUCAUCUCCAUCGUCAUCUUCUGCCUCGAGACGCUGCCCGACUUCCGGGAUGAGCGGGACGGGAUGCUGACGCUCGCCCACCGGGCCAACGGCACCCACCCGCUGCCGCCCCGCGCUUCCUUCGACGACCCCUUCUUCGCCGUGGAGACCGUGUGCAUCUGCUGGUUCUCGUUCGAGUUCCUGGUGCGCCUGCUGGCCAGCCCCAGCAAGCCGAUCUUCUUCAAGAACGUCAUGAACCUCAUCGACUUCAUGGCCAUCAUCCCCUACUUCGUGGCCCUGGGCACGGAGUUCGCCCGCCAGCGGGGGGUGGGCCAGCCGGCCAUGUCCCUGGCCAUCCUGCGGGUCAUCCGUCUGGUGCGGGUCUUCCGCAUCUUCAAGCUGUCCCGCCACUCCAAAGGGCUGCAGAUCCUGGGCCAGACGCUCCGCGCCUCCAUGCGCGAGCUGGGGCUGCUCAUCUUCUUCCUCUUCAUCGGCGUCAUCCUCUUCUCCAGCGCCGUCUACUUCGCCGAGGCCGACCGGGAGGACACCAGCUUCACCAGCAUCCCCGAGGCCUUCUGGUGGGCCGUGGUCACCAUGACCACGGUGGGCUACGGGGACAUGAGCCCGGUGACUGUCGGGGGCAAGAUCGUGGGCUCCCUGUGCGCCAUCGCCGGCGUCCUGACCAUCUCCCUGCCCGUCCCCGUCAUCGUGUCCAACUUCAGCUACUUCUACCACCGGGAGACGGAGAGCGAGGACCCGGGCCAGUACCGGCACGUCAGCACCCGCCCCUGCUGCCCCCCACCGCCGCUCCCUGUGGAGGGGAAGGUCAACGGGGAGCUGAUGGCGAGCCACGGGACAGAGGGCGCCGAGGAGCUGGGGGGGAGGCAUUUGGUGACGGAGGUGUGA